AACUAUAAUUACUGUCAAAACCAGAAACAUUUCAAAAACAUUUGUAAAAGAAGAAAAAGUUUAUAAAACACAUAGGUACAUACAUACGUAACUAAUAAAUUUUAUUCUUAAAAUCGUAUCGUUUUAUAUCUAUGUUGAGAUUUUUUCAACACCGAACAAUCAGAAACAUGUCAUCCGCAUCAGGAAUAGUCGAAAGUACAAUAAGAAAUAAAUUAUUAACAAUUUUAGAAUCAAAGCAUGUCCAGGUGAUAAAUGAAUCCUACAUGCACAAUGUACCAAAAGGAGCUGAAACACACUUCAAAGUAGUAGUUGUUUCAGAAAAAUUUGAUGGUUUACCUCUUAUAAAAAGACAUCGUUUAGUCAAUGAACUAUUGGCAGAAGAACUUCAAAAUGGUGUACAUGCACUAUCAAUAGUAGCAAAAACACCUAAACAAUGGGAGGAAAGUGAUAAACUGGUUGAGAACAGUCCCAACUGUAGAGGAGGAUUUGGUAAAUAAACUACACUCGCGAGCAAAAGUUUGGAAUCACUUACUUGAAAUUGAUUCCGCGCGAUCUUGUGUACUAAAUAUUUUUUUGAUAAUCAUAAAAAUGAGAUCAUUUUAAAGGUUGAACUCUUAACUUUAAACUGAUACCAAAUUCAUUCAAAUCGAGCCAGUAGUUAAGGAGCUAUUCCGGAUUAAGUGAAGGAGGUAGGAAACAAAGGAAAUAUGGAAAAAUAAUGAAUGCAUAAAACAACAAAAAUUAAUAAAUAAAAAAUUUAUUUAGCCUUAAAAUUAAAUGUCAGUACUUUGUGUUCCCUUCCCUUGCCCUAAUAACUCCUCGAAGACGAUUCUUCAUAGACCUGAUCAGCUUUUGAAUUGAUUCUUGUGGGAUACCUUCCCACUUCUCAAUCAACGCCGAUUUCAGCUCAUUCAGGCAUGAAGGAGCAGAAGUUCUGGAACGAACCCUAUUCUUCAGUUCAUCCCACACGUGCUGAAUAUGAUUCAAGUCAGGGCUGAGCGCAGGCCAGUCCAAUGUGGCGAUAUAGACUUCUUCGAAGUAUUCAGUUGUUCCACGGGCAGUGUGACAACGAGCGUUAUCGUGCUUAAGGAGGAAGCGAUCACCGGCAUAUCCCGCAUAGGGAACGACAUGUUCCAGCAGAAUAUUGGAAAUGUACCCGUCCGAAGUUGACCGCCUCCUCGUCCCCCACCAGGCACGAAAACAAGCUCGGUUUUACCGUCGAAGGAAAUGCCGGCCCACAUCAUACAAGAGCCGACCCCAUAAGCCACUGUUUCAGCGAAACAGCACUGCGCAAAUCGCUCCCCAGGCCGCCUGCAGACCCAACCUCUUCGGUCGCUACCAUGCAAACACAUCCUGCUCUCGUCGGAGAACAGGAUUUGCCUCCAUUGCUCAACCUCUCAAUUAAGAUUGGUACGAGCAAAUUGAAGGCGUGCUUGUCGAUGAGCUACCGUGAGUUUCGGGCCUGUGACAGGCCUUUUUGGAGUCAGAUUCGCUUGCUUGAGUCGUCGACGAACUGUCUACUUGCUAGCUGCUACCCUACGAACAUCUCGGAGCUCCUGUUGGACGUCGACACCAGGUUAAUGCCGAUUUCGGAGAGAGGUUAACACGAUAAAACGGUCAUUCCUCUCCGAUGUGCCCCGGCGCCGUCCAGAUCUUGGUCUCGGGAUAAAGCUACCAGUCUCUUGAAAGCGCUUGCAAACUUUUGAAACACAGGAAUGGCUUAUUUGGAGCCGACGAGCGACAAUCCGCUGGCUGAGCUCUUCUUGCAAUAGGGCUACGAUUUGUGCUACUUCUGUAGGUGUUGUCCCAAUUGUCGUACAAGGUAAAGGGUCAAAAGUAGCCGAGAUAUGUACCAGUCAACGUGUGAAAGUCGACUGAUAAAGAAAAUCCGAUAACAGUUGCUUUUAUAGGGGUCAGUAGGCCGCAACUCGCGACGUAUCAAGCAAUUGAAACACGUCUUUUUCGUUAUUCCUUCACUUAAUCCAAGAUAACUUCUUAAAUACUGGCUUGAUUUUAAUGAAUUUGGUAUCAGUUUAAAGUUAGGAAUUCAACCUUUAAAAUGAUCUCAUUUUUAUGAUUAUCAAAAAAAUAUUUAGUACACAAGAUCGCGCGGAAUCAAUUUCAAGUAAGUGAUUCCAAACUUUUGCUCGCGAAUGUAUAAGUCAUCAAUGCUUUUGAUGUCACAUAGUUGAUCAAGCCUAGACCAAUUGUCUAGUUAUUAACUAAGAUAACAGAAAAAAUCUGUGGUUGUGUGUGGUGUAAAUUGUAUUGUGUGGUGUAAAGAUGGUUGUUACUACUAUGAUUUAAAAAGGUUAUUUAUAAUUAUUGAUUAUUAUUCAUUGUUGUGUUAAUAAAAUAAAAUAAAAUCCUUA